CUUCCACCAGCCAAUCACAGCACUCGGGAGGCGGGCGCUCGCCAUUCGCGCUCUUGGAAGUUCAGCGGGUCUCACGUGAGACUGAAUGAGUGAGAGCUGAUCAUGGCUGGAGUCAUCCGCAAACUCGAUGAGACUGUAGUGAACCGCAUCGCAGCAGGAGAGAUUAUCCAGCGGCCUGCCAAUGCUAUCAAAGAGAUGAUGGAGAACUGUUUGGAUGCAAAGGCCACAAAUAUCCAGAUAACAGUGAAAGAGGGCGGACUGAAGCUCAUCCUCAUUCAGGACAACGGCACUGGCAUCAGGAAAGAUGAUAUGGAAAUAGUCUGUGAGCGUUUUACAACCAGCAAGCUUCAGUCUUUUGAGGACUUGUCAUCAAUCGCAACAUAUGGAUUCAGAGGGGAGGCUCUCGCCAGUGUAAGUCAUGUAGCCCAUGUAACAAUUACCACUAAAACAGCCGAUGCAAAAUGUGCCUACAGGGCCAGUUACUGUGAUGGGAAGCUGAAAGCUCCAUCUAAACCCUGCGCUGGAAACCAAGGGACAUUGAUUUCUGUAGAAGAUCUGUUCUAUAAUGUGUCUACCCGACGGAAAGCCCUGAAGAGCCCCAGUGAGGAAUAUUCUAGAAUCAUUGAGGUUGUGAGCAGAUACGCCAUUCACAACUCUGGGAAAAGUUUUUCUGUCAAGAAGCAAGGUGAGAUGGUUGCAGAUGUGAAGACCCUUCAGAACGCCUCUGUGCUGGACAACAUUCGUGCGGUGUUCGGUGUAGCUGUUAGCAGGGAGCUGAUUGAAGUUGAGUGUGAAGAUCAGAAACUCGCUUUUAAAAUGAAGGGCUACAUCUCCAAUGCCAACUACUCUGUCAAGAAAUGCAUCCUUAUCCUUUUUAUCAACCAUCGCUUGGUGGAGUCUAGUGCCCUGAAAAAAGCAAUUGAGACUGUCUACACUGCUUAUCUACCCAAAAACACUCAUCCUUUUCUUUAUCUUAGUUUAGAGAUUGCUCCUCAAAACAUUGACGUGAACGUUCACCCCACCAAGCACGAGGUGCACUUCCUGCAUGAGGACAGCAUCAUCGAGAGCGUUCAGAAACACAUCGAGAGUAAACUGCUCGGCUCGAACUCUUCACGCACAUACUUCACACAGACUUUGCUUCCAGGACUUUCGGCGUCCACCAACGCGUCAAAAGCCUCUAGUUCCUCAGCAGAUUCCCAGGAGCGAGUAUACGCCCAUCAGAUGGUCCGCACUGACAGCAAAGUCCAGAAGCUGGAUGCGUUUCUCCAGCCAUCAACCUCAUCGUCUGCUGCUCAGAGCAGGUCAGAUAAAGCCUCCAGCUCUUCCACUGCUGCUCAGGGUUCAGCCGAACCAGACCACUUGGAGCUGCUGACUGCUCUGGAUGUUCUGGAGCCGUGUGACGCAGAGGAUCCACAGACAGACAGUCAGCCUCCUCCUGAUGAAGCACCACCAAGGAAAAGACCUCAUGUUGAGGAGGUGAAGGAGGAUUUGACGGCCGCCUCUCUUCCCAGGAGACGCUUCAUUAAACUGACCAGCAUAAAGGAGCUCCGGGAAGAUAUUGAGCAGCAUACUCACAAAGGUUUACAGGAUCUGCUCCAGAAUCACUCAUUCGUAGGUUCAGUCAAUCCUCAGUGGACUCUAGUGCAGCACCAGACCAAACUCUACCUGCUCAAUACAACCAAACUCAGCCAGGAGCUGUUUUAUCAAAUUUUGAUCUACGAUUUUGGUAACUUCGGGGUUCUUCGAUUGUCGAAUCCAGCUCCGCUCUAUGAUUUGGCCAUGUUGGCUCUGGAUUCGGAGGAGAGUGGAUGGACGGACGAGGACGGUCCAAAAGAAGGACUGGCCCAGUAUAUCGUGGAUUUUCUGAAGCAGAAAGCAGUAAUGCUGGAAGAGUACUUUUCUCUGGAAAUAGAUGAAGAAGGGAACCUGACUGGUCUGCCAAUGCUGCUUGAUAAUUACACUCCUGCUAUGGAGGGACUUCCCAUGUUCAUUCUGCGUUUAGCCACAGAGGUGAACUGGGAUCGAGAGAAGGAGUGUUUUCAUGACUUCGGCAUAGAAUGCAGUCACUUCUAUUCCAUAAGGAAACAAUACACACUGGAGCCGGAUGCAGAAGAGCCACAGGAUGCAGAGAUGAGCUGGCAGUGGAAGGUGGAGCAUGUGCUUUUUAAAGCACUCCGCACUCUCUUCAGUCCUCCAAAACACUUCAGUGAAGACGGCAGCGUUCUGCAGAUAGCCAGCCUGCCUGAACUCUACAAAGUGUUUGAAAGAUGCUAAGUUUUAGUAGUUGUGUAAUAGUUUUAAUGUUGUGUUAUCAAAAACGGCAGCUUUUCUACGUGUUUUCUUGGUUAGCUGACCAACUGAAAAUGACUGACAGAGAUAAUCAGCCUGUCACAUUAUUUCUGGUGUCCAGCUAACAUUAAACCAAGAUAUUUGU